UGGAAUCAAGCCCAAGGUGAUGGGGAACAGCAAUAGCUGGAACCACGUAUAAAAUAAAUGCAAUUAGUGUUGCCCCACCCAAGAAUCCUGUUUACACACAGAUACUUAGAAUACCCUUUUUAAUGCUACUGUUGUUUUUUUUAUCCUGACUCAAUAACUAGAGAUUUCCAACUUCUCUAUGCAGAUUUAGUGUUCAUGGCAGCAGCAGUCAGGAAGCUAUGCUUGAGAGCUCUCAUCUUCUUGAUUUGGGCCUCCGUUAGAUUCAUGAAAGGAGCAUCCAUCAAUCCAUGCAAUGAUACUAGCUCCAUUGAUGCUUCAAGUUACAGCUGCAAUCCAAAUGGGCCACAGAAUCAGUGCACAACGUUCGUGCUGUUGCACGCGACCUCUUAUUUUCCGUCGCUCUCCAAUCUGAGCUUCUAUUUAGGCCUGAAUCGGACAGGAGUCGCCGAAGCGAGCGGACUGCCUAUGGAUACGGAGCAGCUACAGCAGAACCAGCCGCUGCUCAUACCCAGAGAUUGUCGUUGCAACGGAAGUUACUUUCAGGCAGAGGUCAUGAAGACUGCAAUUGAAGGUGAGUCCAUUAGUGGGAUAGCAGCUUCCUUUGAAGGCUUAACAACCUGCAAAGCUAUCCACGAAAAGAAUCCAAAUCUCCCAUCAGGUGGACUAGAUGAUGAGGUUCAGUUGCUGGUUCCUUUGAUUUGUGCCUGCCCAACUUCAUUUCAGCUCAAUCAAGGGAUAGAAUUCCUAAUAUCUUAUCCGAUAUUCGAAGGUGAUACAGUUUCUAGCUUGGCUUCUGUUUUUAAUACUAGUGUAGAAGCUAUAGUCUCUGUAAAUAACAGAACAGGAACACUUGUAACAAAGAGUCUACUACAUACAGUUCCGCCUCUGUUUAUACCCGUCGCUGAGAAACCAGACCUUGCUCUUCUUUCAAAAGCCCAUCAAUCUAAUUCGUCUCUUGUCGAUGAUAGCAUCCCUGUAAUGGCUGUAGCAAAGAAGAGUCACUCGAGAAGGCUUCGGGCAUGUAAGAUUGGAAUUUACACUGCACUGAGUGGAGUAGCACUAGUAUUGAGUAUUGCAGCGGUCGCAGCUGUUUUGGUGAUUCGCAUGAAGAAGAAGCCGGGUUUAUGCAAGACCAGAGACGUCGAGCUACAGCAACUGAAUGUAAAGAAUGCCCGCGAAUUGAAAGAUGAAUUAGAGGAGCCUCAAGAUACUAUGAAUGAUCAAAGCCUCCAGCAGACGCCGCACCAGGCGGGGAUGGAUACAUAUACUCUAGAGGAGCUGAGAAGAGCUACUGAAGACUUCAGUUUGAGUAAUCUCAUAGAAGAUUCCAUGUUCCAUGGCCGACUCAAUGGGAAGAACCUGGCUAUAAAGCGAACGAAUGCAGAAACUGUCUCCAAGAUUGAAUUCGAGCUUUUUGACGGCACCCAUCGCCACCUCAAUGUUGUUCGGCUUCUGGGUGCGUGCGCUGGUGAUGCGUGUGAUUCAUAUCUGGUUUUUGAGUACGCGAAGAAUGGUUCCUUGAAGGACUGGCUUCAUGGGGGACUGGCAAUGAAAAGUCAGUUCAUAGCUUCCUGCUACUGCUUCUUGACAUGGAAUCAACGUCUGAGGAUAUGUCUUCAGGUAGCCAUGGGCUUGCAUUACAUGCACCAUACCAUGAAUCCCAGCUAUGUCCAUGGAAACAUAAAGAGCCGGAACAUUCUUCUGGAUGAAGAAUUCAAUGCAAAGAUUGGUAGUUUUGGGAUGAGGAGAUGCAGCAAAGAUGAAUUUGAAGAUCCUCUGCUUCUUUCGACCAGCCCUGCGGGUUGGAGCAGAGGAUAUCUGGCACCUGAAUACUUCGAACAAGGAUCGAUGUCUCCAAGCAAUGAUAUCUUUGCUUUUGGGGUCAUCCUCCUCGAGGUCUUAUCAGGGAAAACGCCCAUAAACAGAGCCAAUAUCAAGGGAGAAAGCGUUCUCCUCUCGAAGCAGAUCAAAACCAUCUUGCAGUCAGAUGGUACAGAAGAACUGAGGGGUUGGAUGGAUUGCGCGAUCGGAGAGGCUUAUUCGUUUGAAGCAGCGCUAACAUUGGCCAAGCUUGCAAGAGCAUGCGUGGAAGAUGACCCGUCUUUAAGACCAACCGCAGAAGAGGUGUUCGAGAAGCUAGCGAGAAUGGUUGAAGAACUGCCUGGCGAGCAAAUCUCAAUCUGUGAAAGCUCUUCCAAAUCCCAAUUUAAGUAAAUUCCCAAUCAUUCAAUAAGAAGAACUUCUGCUGCUACUGUGUGGAGAUUUGCAGGUUUGUGUAUGUAAUUACCGACUCGAAUAAUAUCAUCUCUUGUGUUAGUAUUGUAGUAAACUAAAUCAAGGUCAGUUGUGUAGUAGGAUAUGAACUCUGUGAUUAGAUGCACCAUCGAAUUGGAUUGCA